GAAGACUUCAGAUCCGCGACGACGUUAGUCCGGCAACUUUGAUGGUAGAUGCGCUACCUUAAUUUUUAGGAUGUCGGACCCAAAAAUCUACACCGUCGGCUGGAUUUGCGCCAUUACCGCUGAGUACGUUGCCGCUCAAGCCUUCCUCGAUGAACAGCAUGAAGGCCCGGAAGACUUACCUCCUCACAACAAAAACGACUAUACCUUGGGAAAAAUUGGAAAACAUAACAUUGUGAUAUCUGUCCUACCUAUGGGAGAAUACGGCACGUCUUCAGCGGCACGGGUCGCCGAGGAUAUGUUACACAGCUUCCCCAAUGUUCGAAUCGGUCUGAUGGUCGGCAUCGGUGGCGGAGCUCCAAGCCUAAAGCAUGACGUUCGCCUUGGAGAUAUCGUGAUAAGCAUUCCUCUCAAUGGCCGAAGUGGCGUUAUUCAGUAUGACUUUGGUAAAACGAUACAAGGCCAAAGCUUCCAGCCCACCGGCUUCCUGGAUCAGCCACCUACCAUCCUCCGCGCUGCAGUGAAUGGGCUACAGGCCCGAUAUGAGAGUGAAGGCCAUCGGCUCGAGGAGGCGGUCAACGAGGCGCUUAAAAAAAGGCCAAGGCUACGAAAAAGAUAUAAGCGGCCAGAACCAGAGAGUGACCGGCUGUACCAGAGCCAAGUCGUCCACCCGCAAGGAAAUGGAUCAAGUUGCGCUGUAGUCUGCGGGAAUGAUUCGAAUAGCCUAGUCUUACGCGCUCCACGCCCGGGGGACGAAGACAAUCCGACGAUACACUAUGGGUUGAUCGCAUCGGCCAAUCAGCUCAUGAAGGAUGCUCUAAUCCGCGAUAGACUUGCCACGGAAAUGGGCGUUUUGUGCUUUGAAAUGGAAGCGGCUGGGAUGAUGAAUCAUUUCCCAUGCCUUGUGAUCCGUGGCAUUUGCGACUAUUCAGAUUCCCACAAGAACGAAGAAUGGCAAGGGUAUGCAGCAAUGGUCGCAGCAGCGUAUGCGAAGGACCUUCUCUACCGAAUAUAUCCUCAACAAGUGGAGAAAGAAGAGAGGAUUUCAGAAAUCCUCAAGCCAGCCAUUAACCAUGUGGCCAAGACCUUAGAUCGUAUCGACCAUAAUCUAGCUUUGGAUAAGCUGCUUAUUGCGAGUGGAGCUGAAUAUAACUCAUACACGGAUCAACAUGAAGAAGAGUGUCUUCAAGGCACAAGGACCGAGCUCCUCCGGCAGAUAAUGGAAUGGCCAACGUCGCCAAAUCAAAAAAGCAUCUUCUGGUUAAAUGGAAUGGCUGGAACAGGAAAAUCCACAAUAUCUCGGACGGUAGCAAAGUCGCUGAGGAAUACCAACCAUCUUGGGGCGAGCUUUUUCUUCAAGAGGGGUGAAGGGGACCGAGGAAACGCUAAGAAGUUUUUCCCGACACUUAUAAAGCAAUUGGUACUAAAGAUUCCUGACUUAAGCUCUGGUGUGCAGAAGGCACUGCGGAACGACCCUGAAAUUGCUUCAAAAUCACUUCAGGAGCAGUUUGAAAAGCUACUCCUUCAACCGCUUCUUGAUCUUGACCAACCUGGCCAACGGACUCAAACCGCUGUGAUUGUGAUCGACGCUUUGGAUGAAUGUGAACAUGAUCUAGAUGUUCGAAAUAUAAUCCGACUGCUACCUCUUCUACAGAAGGCAAACACGGUUCGCCUACGGGUAUUCUUGACUAGCAGGCCAGAACUCCCGAUUCGACUUGGCUUCUCAGAGAUCAAUGAUCAUCAGGAUCUGGCGCUUCAUGAGAUCCCAGACAAAGUGACAGAACACGACAUCCGUUUGUUCUUGAAGGACCAAUUCACGAAGAUCAGAUCUGAUAGACAGAUUUCUGAAGAGUGGCCCAGCGACAACGUUAUCCAGGGUCUGGUUACGAUGUCGGUCCCAUUAUUUAUCUCUGCCGCUACCGUGUGUCGAUACAUCGGAAAUUCAAGAUGGGAACCCAAAAGACGCCUUGAAGAGCUGCUCCAGGAUCAAUCUCGAUAUGCAAUGAAAAUGGACAAGACGUAUCUACCAAUUCUCACGCGACUCUUCGAUGAUCAAGAUAGUGAUGAGUGGGAGGAGCAGCAGCUUUUGCAAGAGUUCCAGAAAAUAGUUGGGAUCAUUAUUCUUCUCGCCAUGCCAUUCUCGGUUAAUACACUCUCUCAUUUUCUUGGUAUCGAGCCAGACCUAAUCUCCAAUCGGUUGGAUUUAUUUCAGUCCGUGCUAAGUCUGCCUACUAACCGAGAUCUGCCUGUGAGGAUUCUACAUUUGUCAUUCCGAGACUUUUUGGUCCAAUCCAAGAGCAAAUUUCGUGUGAACGAGCUAAAUACGCAUAAGGAAAUUGCUCUUCACUGUCUCAAAACUAUGCGAGGUCAUCUGCAGUAUAAUAUCUGUAACCUAGAAAGCCCUGGCACUCAUUGGGUAGACAUCGAUCCUCAAUCUCUCCGCCACUGUUUACCACCAGAACUCGAAUACUCCUGUCGUUACUGGAUAUACCAUCUCGAACAUAGCGAAAUCUUAUCCUCUGAGACGGAAUAUAUUCUAGUCUUCCUGCAUGAGCAUUUUCUGCACUGGGUGGAAGUAAUGAGCCUUCUCGGCCUUGCAUCGGAAGUUAUCGGGAUGCUUAAUCUUCUCCAGAUGAUUAUACAAGACGACCAACAUUCCACAAUAUCUGAUUUCCUUCAAGAUGCAAAGCGCUUUAUUCUCAAGAAUCGCCAGAUAGCUGAUAAGGCGCCUCUUCAGAUUUAUUGCGCAGGACUUAUAUUUGCACCCCAAACGUCAAUUGUCCGCAGAGUGUUUAAAGCAGAGCUUCCUGCUUGGAUCAGCCAAUUACCACGAGUUGAGGAAAGAUGGAGGGCAGAAUUAGAGGCACUUGAAGGUCAUUUAGAUUCAGUUAUAUCCGUGGCCUUCUCGCCUGAUAACCAUUUACUGGCGUCCGGCUCUAGUGAUAACACUAUCCGGCUAUGGGACCCAGCUCUGGGCACGCUGCAGCAAAUACUCAGAGGCCAUUCGGGUUCAAUCAGGACAGUGGCCUUCUCGCCUGACAGUCAGCUGCUGGCGUCCGGCUCUGGGGAUAAAACAGUUCGGCUCUGGGACCUGGCCACAGGUACGUUACAGCAGACGCUUGACGGCCAUUUAGAUUGGAUUAGGACAGUAGCCUUCUUACCGAACGGACGGCUGCUGGCAUCUGGCUCUGAUGAUAAGACUAUCCGGCUUUGGGACCCAGCUCUGGGCACGCUGCAGCAAAUACUCAGAGGCCAUUCGGGUUCAAUCAGGACGGUGGCCUUCUCGCCUGACAGUCAGCUGCUGGCAUCCGGCUCUGGGGAUAAAACAGUUCAGCUUUGGGACCUGGCCACAGGUACAUUACAGCAGACGCUUAAGGGCCAUUUAGAUACAGUUAACUCAGUGGCCUUUUCAUCUAAUAGCCAGUUGCUGGCGUCUGGCUCUGGGGAUAAAACAAUCCGGCUUUGGCAACCAGCCACAGGUAUGCUACAGCAAACGCUUGAGGGCUAUUCGGAUUGGAUUAACUCGGUGGCCUUCUCGCCCGAUGGCCGGCUGCUGGCGUCUGCCUCUGACGAUAAUACUAUACGGCUAUGGGACCUGGCGAGGGGGAUCACCCUACAGCAGACGCUUGAGGGCCAUUCAGGUUCAGUUCGAACAGUAGCCUUCUCUCCUGAUGGUCGGCUACUAGCGUCCGGCUCUGGAGACAAAACAGUCCGGCUCUGGGACCCGGCUAUAGGCACUACCCUGCAGCAGACACUUGAGAACCAUUCAGAUUUAGUCAGGACAGUAGCCUUCUCACCUGACGGUCGGCUACUAGCGUCUAGCUCUGAUGAUAAGACUAUCCGGCUAUGGGACCCAGCCACAGGUAUACUACAGCAGACGCUCAAGGGCCAUUUAGGUCCAGUUAGAAUGGUAGCAUUCUCACCUAAUGGCCAGCUACUAGCGUCUGGCUCUGAUGAUCACACAGUACGGCUCUGGGAUCUAUCUAUAGGCACACUACAGAAGACGCUUAAUGGUCAUUCAUAUUCAGUUAGCUCAGUAGCUUUCUCGCCUGACGGCUGGUUACUAGCAUCUGGCUCUUAUGAUAAUACAGUUCAGAUCUGGGAAUCCGCCACGGGUAUGCUACAGCAGACACUUAAGGGCCAUUCAGAUUGGGUCAACUUAGUGGUCUUUUCACCUGAUGGCCAGCUACUGGCGUCUAGCUCCGAUGAUAACACAGUCCGGCUCUGGGACCCGGCCACGGGCAUCCUGCAGCAGACGCUUAGUAUCAACGGAUCUGUUGAUUAUCUUGAAUUUUCUCAGGAUAGUUUGUGUCUUAAGACUAACUUAGGCCUUCUCGAUGUUCAAGAUGCUGGUGAAAAUCAUUCUUCUAGAUUUCCUUAUAGGAGUCAAAGUAUCUUCAUCGAGCAAGCGCAGUGGAUAAAGCUUAACGGCGAAAAUAUCCUAUGGCUUCCUCCCGAGUUUCGGCCUAACUGCUCCGCGAUAAACGGCAAUCUACUAGUCCUAGGGCACGCAUCAGGACGGGUGUCUUUCAUAGCAUUUCGUGUAUAG